UGUGUAUGUGUGUGUGUUCGUGUGUGUGUGUGUGUGUGUGUGUUCGUGUGUGUGUGUUUGUGUGUGUGUGGUUAUUGUCUCAAGUCUUUGACCAAUUUGCUCCCACAAACAGACAAUAAAAACCCUGCGUCAUGGUGUGUGAACUCUUGGCAGAAAUGCCGAGUUUUACGACUGCAGGCAGAUCAUGUGCUAACUUUCUGAGUGGUUUAUCAGUGAUUAUCAGUAUGGAUAGUUCCCACCAAAGCUACCCUGACCUAAUAUAUAAUCUAUUCAUUCCUCAAGAGUGACAGCUCCGUAUGGAGGACCAGAGGGGGAGCGUAACUGCUGACAGGCACUUCUGUUUUUCAUCCCUGCAUGGACUCAGCUAACCAGACAGGCUCAGAUCGGAGGACCAUGGCGAAAAGAUGCAAAGUCAGCUGGCUGCGUGUUCUCUGCGUCGUCUUGGCCCUGGUUUCUGUAGCAACCAUUGUCACGUUGUGGACUAUCGCCAUCACAGGAGGGAAAGGCGGUGACGUCACAGCUCCUUGGGACAGGGAUCGUCUUCCUGGAGAUUUAGUCCCUGAGUUUUACCACAUCACCCUGUGGCCUCGACUCAAGCCCAACCCAAACUCUAACCUCUACAUUUUCACUGGUUGGUCUACCGUUCAGUUUGAAUGUCUGGAAGCAACAGAUCUGAUUCUGAUUCACUCCAACAAGCUAAACUACACAAAGAUGAAAGAUGAACAUUUCGUCAAUCUGACGUCUGAAGAAGAUGUAUCCGUCCCCCAAAUCAAGUCAACUUGGUUGCAGCUUAAAACGCAGUACCUGGUGGUCCAGUUGAGGAGUAAAUUAAAUCCAGGACAUAAGUAUCAGCUGUUUGCCCAGUUCUCAGGAGAGCUUGCUGAUGAUCUGGCUGGAUUUUACCGAAGUGAAUAUAAAGAAGAUGGAGUCACAAAGGUCGUCGCAACCUCCCAGAUGCAUCCCACCAAUGCCAGAAAGACGUUUCCUUGUUUUGAUGAGCCGGCCAUGAAAGCAGUUUUCCACAUAACCCUCCAGCACCCAACAGGAACUGUCGCCCUGUCCAACGGCAUGGAAAUGGAACGAGCGAACAUCAAUGUUGACGGAGAAAAGUUGCUGCAGACAAAGUUUGAAGCCACCGAAAAAAUGUCCACCUACCUGCUGGCCAUCAUCGUGUGUGACUACGCUCACCUGAGCUCAACCCAAAGAAACAUUCAAAUUCGAAUCUGGGCUCGCAAAAAGGCCAUCGAGGAGGGACAGGGGAACUACGCUCUCAAUGUAACUGGACCCAUACUGGACUUUUUCCAGUCCUACUACAACAUCUCGUAUCCCCUGAGAAAAUCAGACCAAAUCGCUUUGCCAGACUUUUAUUUCGGGGCAAUGGAGAACUGGGGACUGGUCACAUACAGAGAAACCAACCUCCUCUAUGACCCUGAGACCUCUUCUAACAGCAACAAAGAAACCACAGUCACCAUCAUUGCUCAUGAACUGGCACACAUGUGGUUUGGUAACCUGGUGACGCUGCGCUGGUGGAAUGAGGUUUGGCUAAAUGAAGGCUUUGCUUCAUACGUAUCCUACCUGGGAGCUGACUAUGCAGAACCAGACUGGAAUGUGAAAGAUUUGAUCGUGUUGGACGACGUGCAGAAAGUCUUUGCAGUCGACGCCUUGGUAUCUUCUCAUCCUUUGACUUCUAAGGAAGACAGCAUCAACCUGCCAGGACAGAUCAUGGAGCAAUUUGACACCAUCUCCUACAGCAAGGGAGCCGCGGUGUUGAGGAUGCUGUCAGACUUCCUGUCAGAGUCGGUCUUCAAGCAAGGACUCAGUAGUUACCUAAGAUAUUUUUCCUAUGGUAACACAAUUGGGAGUGACUUGUGGAAACAUCUGCAAAUGGCAGUGCAAGACAACAACGUGUCUCUUCCUGAUAAAGUUGACGCCAUCAUGAACCGCUGGGUGCGUCAGAUGGGCUUCCCAGUGGUUACCAUAGACACAAGCAAAGGGGCUGUUUCCCAGAAUCACUUCCUGCUGGAUCCAGAAUCCAACGUUACUGUGGAAUCGCCAUACAAGUACGAAUGGAUGAUCCCUGUGCGCUGGAUGAAAGACGGAGCCACCAAAGAAAUUUGGUGGCUCUUGGAAAAAGAAGCUCUGAAUGAGGACAUGAGGACUGGGCCUUCCUGGGUUUUGGCUAACAUCAAUGUGACGGGGUAUUAUCGGGUGAACUACGACCUGGGGAACUGGGAGCGGCUCUUUUCUCAGCUCAAUACAGACCACCAGGUGAUUCCACUGAUCAACAGAGCCCAGCUGGUGGAUGACGCGUUCAACCUGGCCAGAGCUCAGCUGGUCUCCACCACUCUGGCUCUCAGGACGACUUCCUACCUGUCCAAGGAAACCGAAUACAUGCCCUGGCAGUCUGCACUCAACAACCUGAACUACUUCAACCUCAUGCUGGACCAAACCGAAGUCUAUGCGCCCAUGCAGGAAUACGUCAGGAAACAGGUGACUCCACUCUUCUUGUACUUCAGGAGUAUAACGUCAAACUGGACCAAAGUUCCUGAGAAGCACACUGACCAGUACAAUCAGGUAAAUGCACUCAGCACAGCCUGCAGAACCGGACUACCAGAGUGCCAGAACCUGAUCCGCAUGUGGUUCCGGCAGUGGAUGGACGAGCCUGAACGCAACCCCAUCCACCCGAACCUUCGCUCGGCGGUGUACUGCAGCGCCGUGGCGGCCGGCGGCGAGGCUGAGUGGAACUUCACAUGGUCGCAGUUUCAGGACGCUACGGUGGCCAGCGAGGCCAAGAAACUCAUGUUGGCUCUGGCCUGCAGCAACGACACGCAGCUGCUGGAGAGGUUUCUGGAGUUCACGUUAGACCCGACAAAGAUCCGGAAACAGGACGCCACCGCCGUCAUCACCGCCGUCGCCAAUAACAGAGCGGGACAAAAUCUCACCUGGCAAUUUGUCACAAAGAACUGGGAUUACAUGUUCACAGAGUAUGGUGUGGGCUCUUUCUCCUUUGCUUCUCUCAUCAGCGGCGUCACAGCGAGGUUCUCCACAACUCAGCAGCUGCAACAGUUGCUGGAUUUUGAAGAGGAGCACAAAGAUGCAGGAUUCGGUUCUGCAACGCUCGCAGUGGAUCAGGCCUUGGAGCGGACCGAGGCCAACAUCAAGUGGGUGCAGAGGAACAAACAGGAAGUCCUGCAAUGGUUCAGCAGCCAGACUGGAAACUAGCAGAGCUAACUGGGCGCUGUGAGUCAGGAAGGAGCAGCCUGAAGGUGUACAUGUGUUUAUCAGAAUCAUAAAGGAAGAAUAAAUGUCCACAGAGAACAAAAGGCAAAACCAGUUUUAUAUAGAAUAUUCUUGUAUAUACAGUAAAUUGAAUCUCGUUGUUUUGAAAAGUGCAUCAGCACUGUGUUAAUGAUCUGGAUUUAACUGAAUUGAAUUGGAGUCUAUUCUUCUGUUUUACAGUGGCAUCUGAACAGCAACACAUGGAAAUAAAUGUUAAAAAUCAAUUAAAUAUUAAUUAUAAAGUUUUUCAUUGAUUAAGUAACUGUACUUGUAUUUUUAGAGUUGAUAUAAAUGACAAAAUAACGAUAACUUUGUUUGGUUUCUUUCUGAAGACAUAAAUUCAAUAAAGUAAAGAUAUGGGUAACAGUUCAGGUACUGACACCCUAUUGAAUGUUUUCAGUUGGCUACGUUACAACAAGAAGAAACGAUUAUUGGUUUAUUACUUCAAUAAUAAAACAUUUUCCCAUAAGUGAAAUAAUCUACCAGUAGAACUAGAACCUUUUCAUCAAUAUUAAGGAAUUACUUAAAAAAAACAAUCUCCCAUAUCUAGCUGAAAAAUUACUUAAAAGUUUUGUCUUAUUUUAAGAUAUUUGCAGUAGAAACUAGACAAAAAUACUGGGUAGGAUUUUGGGGUUUUGCAGUGCGGCUGCAUUUCCACUGACUAGACGCAAUUUGACAUUUUGAAAAUAAAUGAUCUGAAUGGAAACACCAAUAAAAAAAAAAUCAAUAAAUCUUUUCCUGGGUUGUGUUUGUUUAUUUACUAAAUCGAAAUUAGUUUGUUUCCAAAACUGAGACAGGAACUUUUUUCGCAUUGUGCAAAAUUAUGAAAAUGUUUCCUCGACAAUAGCGGAAUAUUGACGACGUUUUAGGUCGUUUUAAACCAUUUUCUGCAU